AAAUAAACUGCAACAUUAAACACACACAACGUACACUGUGCAGUUUGCGGGCUAGCUGUGACUUAAACACGCCGUGUUGCGCCUCUAUCCAAGGGUGAACGGGAGCGCUUCAGCCACCCUCGCCCACCCUCGGCUGCCUUGAAUAAACUUUCAUCCCAAUCGUGUGCUGUGAAAAUCACACAACAAAAACAAGCGCAGAGUUUUAGUUUUUAUUCGCACAGCCAUUUGCUUAGUGCCACAGCAAAGCCGCGGGCGUGGCGUCCACGGAAACGGACACGGACACGGCUAGGGACGCGGGGACAGACGCACACACACAAACACACAGACACACACACUCACACGGAGACAGUAGCGGCAGUUGCAACGGGACCAUUUCAAUUUUUUGUCUCUCGUUUUCGUCCUGUGUUAAUUUGUCCUGCAUUUGUAGCAACAGUGAAAAAUAACUGCGCAAAGUUUUACUUUCGCCCGUGGAAAAUAUUUGAUGCAUUCGCAGUCGACGGCUACUGAAAACGAAAAUCAUCAAACGAAAAGUUGAGCAAUUAAAAGGAUUAAAAGCAAGGACUCGAACUGGGACAGAGGAAAACAUCAUCAUCAUCAUCGGAUUCAUCGGAAUCAGCGGCCAACAUCUGCGGCAUAUCGGGUGUGUGUCUCUCUCUCUGUCUUCCCCACUCUGUGUACGUAUUUCCUCGGGUCUGUUUGUAAUGGUAGUCAGAAUGUUAGAGCGGGCUGCGCAUGGUGCAAAUUGUGGCAGUUGAAAUACUUGCGGUCGGGCGCAGCACACUUGUACAUUCGUAUUCAAUAUCUGGGCAACUAGCAACUAGCAUAGAGCGACUGCGACUGGGACAGGCACUGGCUCUGGCUCUCGGGCACUGGGACUGGGAGCGCUUCAGUUGUGUGUGAGGUAUGCAAAUAAACGGUCUGGCUGCCGGACCAACCAUGGCCGCAUCAGAGCCACCAGAGCCGCCGCCACGCAAUCCGGAUCGCAUAAAUGCCUCGCUGCACAAGCUCGGCGAAUCCAAAAUUGUCAAGUCGCUGGACUCGAGUGUGGGCGCGCUCAAAGAGAAGUCCGUCAACAACAACAAGCCCGUUAAGCCGGUGCUUUCUCUGGACAACAGCAGCAGCAGCAGCCAGGCGGCUGGUGGUGGUAUCACCUCCUCGACUUCAUCGGCAGGCGCAGCGCCAUCCACUUUAAAGCAGCCCAGCCUACUGGCAGGCAAACGGGAACUGACACCCUCCGCCUCCGAUACCAGCAGCAGCUCCCCGGCCAGCUCGAAUGGGAGCAAUCAGACGCUCACGCCACCCAUGACCAUCGACAACCAGAAUCGCCUGGCCGCCAAGGGCGACACAUUGGGACAAGCACAAGCUGCGGUGAUUGGGAUUGGGAUUGGUCUACCACAGUCGCAAUUAGUGAAUGGUAGCAGCGCCAACUCCGGCACCACAAUAUCCACGGCAGCCAUGAUCCAUGCGAAUAACUCAAAUUUGAUUGCCGCCGGUCACUUGGCCCAGGUCAACGCCAGCGGCAGCCAGCUCAGCGCCGUCGACAAGAGAAAUGCGAAUGAUGUUUGCUCGAUUGUGAAAUUAAUGGAACCGGAGCUGGCAGCGGUCGGCGCAGCCUCAUUACCUACCAUAUCGAAGACAAUGAAAGUUAAAUCCUCAACGGCAAUGCCCGUACCCAUGCCCACGGCCAUGCUGAAGCCGUUGGCAUCCCCAACGUCCUGCUCCCCGACAUCGGCUGCAUCCGCCGCGCUGCUGAUGCUAGAGGCGACCACCACAAGCCAACACAUAAACUCGAACAGCAUUCCUGAUGGCAAUCGCAAUGACGAGUCAAAGUUCAUAUUUCGUCCAGAGACGGCCAUGAAGCUUCGCGAGGAGAACGAACGUUUAAAUGCGGAGCUGCUGCGCCUGCGCCGGCUGCUCGAGCAUUCGACGGACGGAGCCGUAGGUGGUGCUGAACCAGGUUCCGCCGACCUGGAUGCAGCCCAGCCAUCUGCGUCGCAGGAGCGCGUAGAACGGCUGGAAACGGAGCUGCGCAGCGUGAAGAAUCAGUUGCUGACCAUGCGGCUGGAACGUAAGAAACUCCGCACCGAUAAAUCCGAUCUCUUGGGCCAGGUGAAACAGUUGUGCGCCUCGCUGCAGGAGAAGGAGCAGGAGUUGCGUGACUUUAUACGCAACUAUCAGGAGCGUGUGCGCGAGACAGAGUCAACCAAUGCCAAGAUCUCGGGCGAUCGUGACCGUGAGCGCUUCCAGCUGCUGAAACAGGCGCGCGAUGAGGCCGAGCGCUCACUCGCACUGGCCCAGCAGCUAUCGGCGCGCGAUCUCCAGCUGCAGCGGCUGCAGGAACAGCUGCUAGAGGCGCGACGCCAGCUGACGGGCUGCCUAUCCGACCAGGAGAGCCUGCAUUCAUUCGCGCCGCUGACGCCACCAUCGGCUGCCUCCGGCAUGCUCAGCCAGAUGGCCGGCGGUUCGGGUCUAGCAGGCAACCUGAGCGGCCUGCGUGGCACAGCCGAGGACAGUGGCCGUGGCAACUCGAACUCAUUGUCGGCGUUUAGCGGCAGCCUCAGUGGUGGCUCCGGCGCCACAGUCGGAGAUCGCAACUCCUGCUCCAAUGACUCGGGCCUACGGAAUAGCAGCGAUCGCGAGAGCACCGGCGGGGAGCUCAACUUCAGCGACGGCACCUGCGACAACGGGCCCUGCAUCACCGUCGAUCCGGACAGCAUCUCUCUAGUCUCCAGCCAGAACAUGUACCAAUUUGGCACGCCCAAGGAACGCAGUCCUACACUCUCGCCUCUGAACUCGGGCGCCUAUUCCAGGUCCGUGGAGCAGCUCUCGCCGGAUGCCGAGGGACCAGGCGGCGCUGGCGCCAUAACUCGCAAGUUUGGUAACAAAAGCGGACCGCUGGGCGCACGAAACGGUCGCGGUGGCACCUGGGGCAGCAUCUCGCGUGUCUUUGCACGUUCCCGUAACAAGAGCAAGGCCCUGUCCGCCGAUGGGGUGACCGAGUAUAGCGACUACUCAUGGAAUCCACUAUCCGAGGAGGGCUAUGCCGAAAAGCUGCGACUGCUGCGUGAGGCCUCCCAGCUGCCCAUAGAACGCUGGCGAGCCACGCAGGUGCUGGCCUGGCUGGAGGUGGCUCUGGGCAUGCCACAAUAUAGCGCACGCUGUGCGGAGAACGUGAAGAGCGGCAAGGUGCUGCUCGAGCUGAACGACGUUGAGCUCGAGGCCGGCUUGGGUUUGGGCCAUCCCAUGCAUCGCAAGAAGUUGCGCCUGGCUAUUGAAGAGCAGCGACGUCCGGAGCUGGUGCGCUAUCCAUUGAUCACACAACUGGGCCACACUUGGGUUGCCACUGAGUGGCUGCCGGACAUCGGGCUGCCGCAGUACGCUGAGCCCUUCCUGCAGUCGCUGGUUGAUGCCCGCAUGCUGGACACCCUGUCCAAGAAGGAGCUGGAAAAGUUUCUCGGUGUGACGCGAAAAUUCCAUCAGGCCAGCAUUGUACAUGGCAUUCACGUGUUGCGCAUUGUCAAAUAUGACCGUCAGACGCUGGCCAUGCGACGGGUGCAAUCGGAGACUGUCGAUACGGAUCCCAUUGUCUGGACUAACCAACGCUUCAUACGCUGGGUGCGCUCCAUUGACCUGGGCGAGUACGCGGACAACCUGAAGGAUAGCGGCGUCCAUGGCGGACUUGUUGUGCUGGAGCCAUCCUUUUCGGGCGAUACCAUGGCAACGGCGCUGGGCAUUCCCCCAUCAAAGAACAUAAUACGACGCCAUCUUAAUACGGAAUUUGAUGCCCUCAUCCUGCCCGCAAGAUACAUAAUAUACUGUCAAAUGGAAGAAUUUCAAAUGGAAAACUCCCGGCAAUUGGCCAAAUUGCAGGGCCAUUAAAUCAAAAAAACAAAAAAAAAAAACAUAUAUACAUAUAUAUAAAAUCAAAAUUCAAAUCGAAAUCAAAAUCACGUCAAAAUUAUUCUCAUAAUGCCAGUGGCAAAAAAUGUGUGUAUUUGUAAUCAACAAGUAACUCGAUGGGAUUCAACUCGAUUCAAUAUUUAAUAAUGUAUUUAGCUAAGCUGAUUGGUAAUUCUAGGAAGAGAACAAUAAUUGGAGCACAGCGCUAAUCAAAUCAACAUAAUUAAAUACUCACUUAGUAUAGCAAAGAAAUUGAAUAUUUAUGCAUAAGCAUCGAAAUAACUCGUAGGACUUGUAAUCAGACAAAACCACCCCACCCCGAUACUCAUGACCCAACAGAAAACAAAACAAAAACAAAUUAGAGUGAAAUCCCAGUAAAUCACAUAUCGAAAAUCUGAGGAGCUUUGCAUUAUCGAUAUGUCCAUAUUAUACUAAAUAUAGUUAGUGCGAAUCGGGUCGCGAAAUCUGUGUACGCUUUGCAGCUUAACAAGUUUACCACUUACAUACAAAUAUAUAGUAUAUAUAUAUAUAGUAUAUGUAUAUGGUAUAUAGGUAUAUUACACAACUGAAAUCUUUGCAUUUAAGCCGAACAGCACAGCCGCAAAAGUAAAAACGCGACACUAUUAAAACUCACGCGAGUCGAAUAGAGUUAUUAAAGCAUAAAUAGAAUUCUUUGUAUCGAUGUUAUUUGCAUUUGCAGUAUAAGAGAUACGCACAGAUAUUGGAGACAACAUAGAUGUGUGUUUAGGUUUAGUGGGCCAGCGUAAAUUUGGGUAGCAAAUCUUUAAGUAGCGAACGCGAUUCGUUUAUAGUUUUAUAUAUAAAUAUGUAUUAAUCUAUAGCCAAAACAUAUUAUGCAUAGAACAGAUACCAAAAAACAAAAAAAGAAAACACAGCAGACAUUAAAUGUGUAAUAAAGCAUUCUUCUAGCAACUAUUUAUACAGAUAUAUGUGAAAACAUAAACUGGGCUCAAUUGCCUGUGUAACUAAUGUGGACAGCCGUCCACUGUGAUACAGAUACAGAUACAGAUACAUAAACUGAACAUUAUACUAACAUAAAUAUAAUUGGAUUAUCUGCAAACAGAUUUGCUAGAUUUUCCGGUUAAACAUACAAACAUGCAUACUCACAUAUGUGUACAUUGUGCAUUCACACCUGAACCACCAAUACAUAUACAUACAUAUAUAUAUAUACAUACACACAUGCAUUAGCUUGUUUUCUUCUCAGUGUUGCCUACUUUUGUGCGCCCAAAAAAGCCGCCUACCACAUUUCGAAAUGAUAUUUCGACGUAGUUCAUAUCUGUUAGUUUUCGUUUACUUUAAACACAACCGCAUCCAAAUCCCAAAACCCAAUAUCCUAGAUAUUUAUUGCCAAGUCAAUGCAAUGUCAAUUGUAAGUAAAACUCAAGUGAUUUUUCGAGUUAAAAUUAGCACACUUUGUCUAAGUAUGUGUCUAUAUUUAAGUAGAUUUUUUGUUUGUCUACUCGUUGUCUACAAAUAUGUUUUGAUGUGAAUGAAGCAAUGCUUCCACCAAAUUUAUUUCAUACGGUAUACUAUACUAGCAUUUAUGUAAACCUUAUCAUUUCGGGGCCCCACAUCAUCUCUCUUAUAUAUAACUUAGCCAUAAUUUUGUUGUUUACGCUACAAGUAGUCAAUUAUGCAAAAAUAAUAACAAUACCAAUAUCGAUACACACAAAUUUCUCAAUAUUAUUAACCGUUUUUGUCUUUGUCCUGUUUCUUUUCUACUUUCUAUAUUUUCAUAUAUACUAUUUCUUUCAAUUUGGUAAAAUCCUCAAUUCAAUUGUAUACAAAAUCAACGGCUUGUUGUUGCUAUCCUUGUGUCUUGAUUGUUUACAAUAAUGCAUUAUACAACACUACUACCACAACAACAACAACAACGACAACAACAACUGCUACAACAACAUCACUUUUGGCAUCUGUGCGUGUCUGUGUGUGUGCGUGUGUGCGUGUGCUUGCCUGCCUGCCUGUCUAUGCCUCUGCCUCUGCCUCUGUCUCUGCCUGCCCCGUUUUGUGUCUACUAUUCAUUUGUGCCAAAUGCAACAAAAUUCUCCACAUGCACAAACAUAUAAACACCCAACCAACACCCACUCCCACACACACACGCCCACGGCCACGUC